ACGCCAUUGCGCACAAAUGGAGCUAUAUUGGGCGCGCUAAAUGGCCGUUUCUACUCGAGCACUCAUGAGGCAGAUUUGGUGGUGAUCGGCUCUGGCCCUGGUGGUUAUGUUGCUGCCAUCAAGGCCGCCCAGUUGGGUUUGAAAACCGUAAGUGUUGAGAAAAAUCCCACAUUGGGUGGCACUUGCCUUAAUGUGGGCUGCAUUCCCUCGAAAUCUCUGCUAAACAAUUCGCAUUACUAUCACAUGGCUCACUCUGGUGAUUUAGCCAAUCGCGGUAUUAAUUGUGGCAGCGUAUCUUUGGACUUGGACAAACUUAUGCAGCAAAAACUAAACUCGGUCAAAGCACUUACCGGAGGCAUAGCACAGUUGUUCAAGAAGAACAAUGUUACUCAACUUACCGGUUUAGGUACAAUCGUCAAUCCCAAUGAAGUGCAAGUGAAGAAAGAUGAUGGCAGCGUUGAGACUGUGCAAACCAAGAACAUCAUGAUUGCCACAGGUAGUGAAGUUACACCAUUCCCCGGAAUUGAGAUCGACGAGGAAGUCAUUGUUUCGAGCACAGGCGCGCUCUCACUCAAGCAGGUACCCGAGAAGUUGGUUGUCAUUGGCGCUGGCGUUAUCGGCUUGGAGUUGGGCUCCGUUUGGUCACGUUUGGGCGCUGAAGUCACUGCUGUGGAAUUCAUGACAACCAUUGGUGGUGCUGGCAUUGACACCGAAGUAUCGAAGACUUUCCAGAAAGUGUUGACCAAGCAAGGCUUAAAAUUCUUGUUGGGCACCAAAGUGAUUGCCGCCUCUCGCAGUGGUAAUAACGUAACCGUCUCGGUUGAAAACGCAAAAUCUGGUGAAAAGCAAGACAUAACUUGCGACGCUUUGUUGGUGAGUGUCGGCCGUCGCCCAUAUACUGAAGGUCUUGGACUCGAAUCUGUAGGCAUUGUGAAGGACGACAAAGGGCGUAUCCCAGUAAAUGGAACCUUCCAAACUAUUGUACCAAACAUUUAUGCAAUUGGUGAUUGCAUUCAUGGUCCUAUGUUGGCACACAAAGCUGAAGAUGAGGGCAUUAUUUGCGUAGAGGGUAUUCUAGGUGGACAUGUGCACAUUGAUUACAACUGCGUGCCAUCUGUGGUAUACACACAUCCGGAAGUCGCGUGGGUAGGCAAAUCUGAGGAGCAAUUAAAGGAAGAGGGAGUGGAAUAUAAAGUUGGCAAGUUCCCAUUCUUAGCUAACUCGCGUGCUAAGACCAAUAACGAGACAGAUGGUUUUGUUAAAGUGUUAGCGGAUAAGAGUACUGACCGUGUGCUGGGCACACAUAUCAUUGGACCUGCCGCGGGUGAGCUGAUUAACGAAGCUGUGUUGGCCAUGGAAUAUGGUGCUUCUGCUGAAGAUAUUGCUCGUGUCUGCCAUGCCCAUCCCACCUGCGCCGAAGCUCUGCGAGAAGCGAAUGUUGCGGCUGCCUUCGGAAAGCCCAUCAACUUUUAAUCUUAGUCAGUGCUAUCUAUAUUAGGGAAGCAAUAAUCACCACUUAAUCACUUAACAUUUUGCUAAACACUCACUCUGCCUUUAAUUUCGUGUAAACUUAUUUAUGAAUUAUAUUAAAACAAUUGUCGCAGAAAUUGCGAUUAUUUUGCUCUGAAUUCCAUGUGAACAAAUAUUCCCAAAUAUUAAAAAAACGUUAAAUUAAGGUAACGAUUUAGUCACAUGGAUUUGGCGAUACGGCUGAAUAUUUAACACGAAAUGCGAAACAUGUAACGAAAUUAAAAG